AUGGAGGACGCAAUUGAGCAGCUGGAAAAUGUUGCCUCCAUCCCACCAAAGCAGCGACACACCAGCGUCGCCGACCUCGCGAAAUCGAUUGCGUCCAAUGCUUACGAGUCAGGCAUUCCAACUCACCUGCUAGAACGUCUAAUUACUAUCAUCUCAAAAUCCAAACAUCUAGACCAAAGUACCAUCACGACUAUAGUCAAAAAUCUCUACCCGUCCGAGCGUGUGCGCCCUCGCACCGUCUCAAUGGUCAUCUCCUGCUUCGGACCAAGCAGAAACAAGCCAUCGCCUGCAACCCAGGCCCUCUUGCUCCGUUGGCUAAUUCUAGUGUACGAUGAUAUGGAUGAUCAAUCGUAUCUGUCAAGACUCUAUGGUGUCUUGUUUAAUUUCCUGGACAUGAUCAGUCUACGCAGGUCACUAUGUCAUCUCCUGUCGUUAAUUUCGCGUAGGAAACACAUAAAACCGUUCCGCAUCCAGGCGCUAAUGGAACUAAUGAGAAUCACCGGUGGUGAAGAGCGGGAGCUUCUAGGUCUGCUGAAGGUUUUCAAGAGCUAUUACCCCGACAUAAUUAUCGGGGAUACCUACGCGUCAACGGGGCGAGCAACUUAUUUCUUCAAACAUCCCGAUCCGGAGUGGGUCAAGCAGAUGAGACAUGUUCAGGAGAUAACAGCUGCUGCUGGAAUGACAAAUCCUGGUCAAAACGUUCUUCAGACGUUUCAAGUUGUGCGGCGCGGUGAGGUGAAGAGAAGUCGAAUUGAGGUUGUUAUCCCUGUCGUGCAGACGUCGCGGGUCAAGAGCGACUUCACGUCACUGGAGGAAAUACGAAGUGCAAAUGAUUUCGUGCAGAAAUUGGACAGAAUCGAGAUGCCCAACCAAGUUGCUGCUGCGUUAGCGGAUCCGCUUGCGCAAAGGUAUUUGGUGUUUGUUAGGAAUGAAGGGGCGACGCGGCGGUUGGAGAGUUGGUUGGAUAGCUUUUUUGAGGACGAAAUGGCUAGAAUACAGCUCCAGCUUCUUGGAAUUGUUUAUAUUGACUCCGUUUUCCCGCAGAGCAUGCCUCAAGCUGUGGAUAAGUUUUUGCGCAAGUACCUCCUCUCCUGGAACGGCCAUGACAGCAGAACUGCCAUCCUGUCGCUCCUGGAAAAAGGCUAUUCUAACUGA